AUGCUGCGAUAUCGCAAAGUUUUCAACUCCUCAACCAACAAGCUCAUCCUCCAUCAAUCCUUUGUGGAUUUCUUGGCGUCGUUCGUGUUUAUUCUUCGUCGCCUACUUGUGGUAUCAUCGGCAGUACCCGACAAUGCAAUCGGUCUGAUCUACUGCAAGCUCUGGUGGUCUGAGUGGCCUCAAUACGGCAUGUUCGUUACCUCUACCUACAACCUGGCGGCAAUAUCCAUGGAGCGAUACUUUGCGACUUGUCACUCCGUCAGACAUCGUAACAUGUUCUCUUCUUAUCGUCUCAAGUUCGUCAUGGCUGCUGCUUGGUUGUGUGGUUGGUUGACUGAGGCUCACCUUGUACCCAUCUCGCAUCAAAUCAACGACGCCUGUGCUGUGUUAUGGUCUACUCCUACAAUUCAGGCCGUCGGAGGAGUCUUCAUUUUCCUCUGGGAACUUGUUAUUCCGCUCUCCAUAAUGAUCUUUGCUUACAUCAGAAUCAUCUUGGAGCUUCACAAGCGCUCCAAAGCCAGGGAGGGCGACAAUAACCAGGUUGCUCAGAGCAUGCUGUCUAAAGCCAACAAGAACGUCACCAAGACCCUACUGGUUGUCACCAUCUUUUUCGCAGUCUGCUGGAUACCAACUGACGUCAACUACAUCUUGUUCAAUCUGGGACUAAAUGACAACUCUUUUGACAGCAUUUGGUAUCAGGCCACAGGCUCCAUAGUCCUUGUCAACGUGUGCAUCAAUCCGUUUAUUUACUGUUUCACUUACGACCGCUUUCAGAAGCAAGCUAGGAAGAUGGUAUGUGGUAGGUGUAGGCCUCGUAAUAACCAGGUUGAUACCUCGCUUAUUUAUCUUGUCAGUCUGAAACUUGUCGAUGUCGAAGCGACUUCUUUAUCUACAAUGGAGGCAUCUACAGUUGAAUAUCAAAGCACUGAUGUAUCAGUUGACGAUUCCGGCAGAAAAACCGAUUUCUAUGUGUACAUGGUAUUGAGUGUACUGGGGCUAAUUGGUAAUGCCUUCGUCUGUCUAGUGAUGCUGCGAUAUCGCAAAGUUUUCAAGUCCUCUACCAACAAGCUCAUCCUCCAUCAAUCCUUUGUGGAUUUCUUGGCGUCGUUCGUGUUUAUUCUUCGUCGCCUACUUUUGGUAUCAUCGGCAGUACCUGACAAUACGAUCGGUCUGAUCUACUGCAAGCUCUGGUGGUCCGAGUGGCCUCAAUACGGCAUGUUCGUUACCUCUACCUACAACCUGGCGGCAAUAUCCAUGGAGCGAUACUUUGCGACUUGUCACUCCGUCAGCCAUCGUAACAUGUUCUCUUCUUAUCGUCUCAAGUUCGUCAUGGCUGCUGCUUGGUUGUGUGGUUGGGUGCCUGAGGCUCACAUGGUACCCAUCUCGCAUCAAAUCAACGACGCCUGUGAUGUGUUAUGGUCUACUCCUACAAUUCAGGCCGUCGGAGGAGUCUUCAUUUUCCUCUGGGAACUUGUUAUUCCGCUCUCCAUCAUGAUCUUUGCUUACAUCAGAAUCAUCUUGGAGCUUCACAAGCGCUCCAAAGCCAGGGAGGGCGACAAUAACCAGGUUGCUCAGAGCAUGCUGUCUAAAGCCAACAAGAACGUCACCAAGACCCUACUGGUUGUCACCAUCUUUUUCACAGUCUGCUGGGUGCCAGCCGACGUCAACUACAUCUUGUUCAAUCUGGGACUAAAUGACAACUCUUUUGACAGCAUUUGGUAUCAGGCCGCAGGCUCCAUAGUCGUUGUCAACAUGUGCAUCAAUCCGUUUAUUUACUGUUUCACUUACGAUCGCUUUCAGAGGCAAGCUAGGAAGAUGGUAUGUGGUAGGUGUAGGCCUCGUAAUAACCAGGUUGAUACCUCGUACGAUGCAACAACGCGUACCGCAACGAUACAGACAAUACAUGUAGACGAAUAA